AUGUCGGACUAUGUUAUGACCAUAGAUUCUGAUCCUGAGGAUAUACCCAUCCCCUCGACCUCAAAACCGUCAAAAUCAAAAUCAAAAAAUGCAAACGUACCUGCCGAUGAUGCAAAUCUCGAUCCUGACUUUGUGUUUGACGUUGCCGGCGAUCCAUAUAUCGACCUCACCAAUGAGGCCAUGGGGUUGCAAGACUUUGUGAAAACAGGAAGCAAGCCGCAACCAAUAUCUGUUGACGAAAUUAUUGCUCGGAGACGCCUGAAUCGCAAGCGUAAACGCGUAGAGGAGCGAAGUGAAAGUGAAGACGAAGACGAAGACGAAGACGAAGGGGAUGCCCUCGAUUCAGAUGAAAAGGAUACAGACACAGAAUCUAUUCAAGGAGAAGAUGAGGAAGAUGAAGACCCCCUUGCAACUUCUGAUGAGGAGGUCGAGAAUGAAAACGAAUCAGACUCAGAAAAUGAUUUGGAAUAUGGAUCCUCAGACGAGGAUUCCGACUCGGAAGAGGAAACACAAGCACAAAAGGAGAGAAAAGCAGCUUUCUUCGACUCAGAAUCAGGACCAACUGAAUCACACGACUCUUUCUUGUCGAUGAAUCUUUCUAGACCUUUGCUGAAGGCUAUUGCAACUCUGGGAUUCACCAAACCUACACCUAUCCAGGCUGCAACAAUUCCUGUCGCCCUUUUAGGAAAAGAUGUUGUUGGAAAUGCUGUUACGGGCUCCGGGAAAACUGCUGCUUUUAUGAUUCCUAUGCUUGAACGUCUACUUUUCCGUGAGAAGGGGAAAAAAGCUGCUGCGACUCGCUGUGUUGUCUUGGUGCCAACAAGAGAGCUCGGCGUCCAAUGUUUCGACGUUGGUACCAAACUGGCAAUGCACACAGACGUUCAACUGGCCUUGCUCGUUGGUGGUCUAUCCCUUAAGUCUCAGGAAAUUGCUCUCCGAGCUCGACCAGACAUCGUGAUCGCAACCCCAGGUCGACUCAUUGAUCAUAUCCGAAAUUCACCAUCCUUUAAUCUUGACGCCGUUGAUAUCCUAGUUCUUGACGAAGCCGACAGAAUGUUGUCCGAUGGUUUUGCUGACGAACUGUCUGAAAUUAUCAAAUCUUGCCCCAACUCGCGUCAAACCAUGCUUUUCUCCGCCACCAUGACCGAUUCCGUCGAUGAACUGGUCAAGAUGUCCUUGAACAAACCAGUCAGGCUCUUUGUUGAUCCAAAACGAACAACAGCAACCGGUCUUGUCCAGGAAUUUGUCCGCGUGAGGGCAGGAAAAGAAAACGAACGUUCAGCUUUGCUUGCAGCGCUUUGCAAACGAACAUUUCGUAGUAAAGUUAUUAUUUUCUUGCGAAGCAAAAAGUUGGCGCAUCAGAUGCGGAUUGUCUUCGGCUUACUGGGGAUGAAGUGUGAAGAGCUGCAUGGCGACUUAACUCAAGAACAGCGUCUCAACGCCCUUCACGCGUUCCGCGAGGGUAAUGUAGAUUACUUAAUGGCAACAGACCUUGCUUCGCGUGGUUUAGAUAUCAAAGGGGUUGAGACAGUUAUUAAUUACGAUAUGCCGUCCCAAUUGGCCCAAUACCUUCAUCGGGUUGGCAGAACUGCUCGUGCUGGAAAAAAGGGGCGAUCUGUCACAUUGGUUGGAGAAGCAGACCGUAAAAUGCUCAAGGCUGCCAUCAAGCGAAGCACCGGAGAAGAUCAAGUUCGCCAUCGCAUAGUUCCUGCUGAAACUGUACAAGUUUGGGUCGAAAAACUUGCAGCUUUGAAAUCAGAAAUUGCAGAAAUCUUGGAAGAAGAAAAGGAGGAAAAGCAGAUUCGAAAGGCGGAGAUGGAAUUGAAAAAGGGACAGAAUAUGAUUGAGCACGAAGCUGAAAUAUACUCCCGGCCUGCUCGAACAUGGUUUCAAUCUGCAAAGGACAAACAAAAGGCUGAAGAUCUAAGUAAACUUGUCCACGAAAAUGGUAACAAGCUAAAAGCUGCCCAAAAGGCUCCAAAACGAGACAAAAUGUCGGGUCUUUCGCGUAAAGCGAAACGACGAAAAUUGAUCGCUGAAGAAGACAAAGAAUUCAACGACUCUAAAGCAAUUAAUGCAUCCAUUCGCUCCGCUAAAAAGGCGAACCGCCCCGCGAAGAUUGGCCUUCCUGAGCAAAAACUCGCACGGCCCUCCAAGAAGAAAAACAAGUCUGCUGCCAAAAUAUCCAAAGGCAAAGGCAUUUUCGAAAGUGACUUCGGUCAAAAAUUCAAAUCGACCAAUGAAGGCAUUCGUGCCAAAAGAGACGACGCUAUCAAAACAAGUAAGAAAAUCGGAAAGGGUGGAAAACUGAAGAACAAAGGGCCUCAUAAGCGCAAGUAA